GCCGACGCUUUUGCCGACAGUCGACGCGGGGACCGGCCCGGGGAUCUUUGUGGUCCGAAUUUGUUCCUCAAAGCUGCUGUGCACCCUGUCACUGCAGAAAUGGCGGACCCGAUCCAGCAAGUGUUCAAAAUUCAACAGGCAUUGGCGAAAAUAGGAAAGAACUUGAUAACUCUACCCCGGCUUGCGGUUCUGGGGAGUCAGAGUGCAGGAAAAAGCUCAGUACUGGAGUCCCUGGUAGGUCACGCCAUCUUACCCCGAGGGGGAGACAUGGUCACCCGUUGCCCCUUGGUGCUGCAUCUGAAAAAAUGCGAUCCCACUCAAGCUCCGUGGGGAGAGUUCGUGCAUCAUCCGGGCAGAAGGUUCACCCCAGAAGAAAUAGAAAGGGAAAUUCAGAGGAAGACACAGGACCUGACUAGCCUGGAAAAUACAGUUUCCCACACAGAAAUAUUUCUGACAUUUAACUCCCCUGAUGUAACUAACAUGUCGUUGAUUGAUCUUCCUGGGCUAGUGAAGAACGCCAAGCCGGGACAGCCGGACAAUAUAGCCGAGAAUAUCAAAGAUCUCGUCAUGAAGUAUAUAAAAGAUGAACUGUGUAUAAUUUUAGCUAUAUCGAUUGCCAACGACGAUAUGGUUAAUAGUGAAAGCCUUGCACUCGCUAAAAUAGUUGACCCAGACGGAUCUCGAACAUUGGCAGUGCUAACAAAGGUUGAUUUGAUGGACCCAGUUUCAGAUUUACCAGACAUGUUGAAAGGUAAUGUAGUUCACGUGCGCCGGGGCAUUGUAGGCGUCAAAAAUAGAUCACCAACAGACAUGAGGGAAAACACGACAAUAGCAGCAUCACGUGAAAUUGAAAGAGCGUGGUGGGACACAAACUUCCCUGAUCUGUCUUCCACGAACGGAGUUGUUUUCUUAUCAAAUAAGCUGCACUGUAUGUUACUGGGUCACAUUAAGGAAAACCUCCCAGAUGUUAAAUAUGUGAUAAAAAAAGAACUCAAAAAGUACAGUGACUUGAUUCUAGAGUACGGCAAUGAAUUAAACCAUUCUGAACAGAAGGUGUACUUGGAGGGAACUAUCCCAGCGUUCGUAAGACAGUUCCAAGAUAUCUUGUCACUAAGGAGCCUUGUUGGAGGAGCAUCCACAAAUGGGGUGACUGGGGCAUCAAAAAUUUACAGUAUAUUGUGCACAUUGGCAGAAACGUUUGAGAAAUUCAAUGCCUGUGAUCAUUACACCCUUGACCAAGUAUUGAAUGUCUUGGACCAUGUGAGAAAAGACGAGCCGUCGAGCAUUUCGACAGUAGCUUUCGCCCAUUUGUUCAAGCCUUGCCUGGAAGACCUUCGAGCGCCAGCUUUGGAAUGCAUCGAUUCUAUAGCUGCGGAAAUAAAGCUUGUUUGUGAUAAGAUAUUGGAUGAGGCAUUGCACGAUCAGUUUCCUGUGCUGUCAAAAAGGAUGAGCAGCAUAGUACUCAAGCUUAUUUCACAACACGCUGCGGAAGCCAAGAAAAUGGUAAACUGCUCACUUGAUAUUGAAAAGAAGGUCACCUACAGCCUUCUUGGGACGGACAGUGUAGCAAAGAUGACGGAAUCCCUGAACAUUGACGCCCCAGCAAGUAAAAUGCCGUUCAGUGGCUCACCCUCAAAGAAACCUGAACGACGUUCCUUGAAUCAUGCUGCUGUUCUUGGCUGCACGUUGACCUCUUAUUUUAAGUUGGUCUGUGAGAGAAUUCACAACACAGUAACCAAAGUGGCCUACGUAUUGCUGUGGAACGAGUCAUGGAUAACAUAACAAUGCAACUGACUAAAGAUUUAUUAGGUGAUGUAAACGAGGCGUGGUUUCAAGAAAAACCUGAUAUCGCCGAGAAACGAAGUGAAGCCAGACAGAAAAUCCAGUUUUAUGAGGAGGCUCUGGACAUCUUGAAUGAUGCACAAAUGGUACCGUCGAACAGCACACCAAGGGAACUGGAAGAAAAGUUUGUGUGGAGUUGAAACCGUGCACGCCUGCGAACUGAUUUGUGAGCUUCGCGCAUUCCGCACUACCUGCAUCCUCACUUCAACGAGCAGUGUGACUGACCGGGAAUGGCCCACGACUAGGAACAGCGUGUACGCCCAGCACACGCUACGGAACCGUCUUCGUGUUCAAGGACACCGUUCGUUAAAAUCUGCAUGCAGGCACGCUUCAGAUGGAGUGUGCCAUGCUCCAGUUUGAAGGACCAGCCUAAAGAGGCACACUGCCAGAAAAAGUGUGAAUAGUACAAUAGUACAACAAAAGUACUUCAAAACCUGUACAGUAGAAGUACAACUGGGAUUGUAGGAAGUACAUCGAGAAUUGUACGAACCACAACGAGGCCUGGACUGCAUAGCACUCGUCAUUGUACUAUUUCCAACGUUGGUUGUACUUUGAAAGUAAGGGAGUAUGGGGCGAUUUGUAACAGACUUCGGAAUUCUCUAUACAAAAUUAUGAACAUUCUGCAUAUCGGUGUCAAA